AUGCCCUCCUUCUGGCAUGAUGUAUGGAAUGGGGAUGACUCCAUGGCAGAAAAAUUACCGGAGCUGUACAGCCACUGCAGACUACAAGAGCUGACUGUCAAACAGGCGGCUGAAGGUGGCCUUCGAGACAGUCUUGUUGCUCGACGAUCAACGGCAGCGACAGCGCAACUGGCUCAGGCAUUGCAGAUCAUGGAGCAGCAGCGGCUAGGGGAGGGCAGAGAUCGUCGUCAGAGUCCACUGUUCAAACGGAAUGGAGACUUGGACACCUCUAUGCUCUAUAAGACACUGAAGACACCUGAUUCCAGUCCAGAUCCAUGGGCAUAA